AUGACCCCUUCAGGAGCUAAAGGAUUGGUUUCUCUGCCAAUUCGCGUCGGAAAGCCGACCAACGGACUCCUCCCCGACGGCCAGGCAGCCUCAGGGACCCGAGGGAAAGCCGACAAACCUCCCGACGGCCAGGCAGCCUCAGGGACCCGAGGGAAAGCCGACCAACGGACUCCUCCCCGAUGGCCAGGCAGCCUCAGGGACCCGAGGGAAAGCCGACCAACGACUCCUCCCCGACGGCCAGGCAGCCUCAGGACCCGAGGGAAAGCCGACAAACCUCCCCGACGCCAGGCAGCCUCAGGGACCCGAGGGAAUGCCGACCAACCUCCCCGACGGCCAGGCAGCCUCAGGACCCGAGGGAAAGCCGACAACCUCCCCGACGGCCAGGCAGCCUCAGGGACCCGAGGGAAUGCCGACCAACCGACUCCUCCCCGACGGCCAGGCAGCCUCAGGGACCCGAGGGAAAGCCGACCAACCGACUCCUCCCCGAUGGCCAGGCAGCCUCAGGGACCCGAGGGAAUGCCGACCAACCUCCCCGACGGCCAGGUAGCCUCAGGGACCCGAGGGAAAGCCGACAAACCUCCCCGACGGCCAGGCAGCCUCAGGGACCCGAGGGAAAGCCGACAACCUCCCCGACGGCCAGGCAGCCUCAGGGACCCGAGGAAAGCCGACAAACUCCCCGACGGCCAGGCAGCCUCAGGGACCCGAGGGAAAGCCGACAAACCUCCCCGACGGCCAGGCAGCCUCAGGGACCCGAGGGAAAGCCGACCAACCUCCCCGACGGCCAGGCAGCCUCAGGGACCCGAGGAAAGCCGACAACCUCCUCCCCGAUGGCCAGGCAGCCUCAGGGACCCGAGGGAAAGCCGACCAACCGACUCCUCCCGACGGCCAGGCAGCCUCAGGGACCCGAGGGAAAGCCGAAAAACUCCCCGACGGCCAGGCAGCCUCAGGGACCCGAGGAAAGCCGACCAAACCUCCCGACGGCCAGGCAGCCUCAGGGACCCGAGGGAAAGCCGACAAACCUCCCCGAUGGCCAGGCAGCCUCAGGGACCCGAGGGAAAGCCGACCAACCGACUCCUCCCCGAUGGCCAGGCAGCCUCAGGGACCCGAGGGAAAGCCGACCAACCGACUCCUCCCCGACGGCCAGGCAGCCUCAGGGACCCGAGGGAAAGCCGACCAACCGACUCCUCCCGAUGGCCAGGCAGCCUCAGGGACCCGAGGGAAUGCCGACCAACCUCCCCCGACGGCCAGGCAGCCUCAGGGACCCGAGGAAAGCCGACAAACCUCCCCGAGGCCAGGCAGCCUCAGGGACCCGAGGGAAAGCCGACCAACCGACUCCUCCCCGAUGGCCAGGCAGCCUCAGGGACCCGAGGGAAAGCCGACCAACCUUCCCCCAGGCAGCCUCAGGGACCGAGGGAAAGCCGACCAACCGACUCCUCCCCGAUGGCCAGGCAGCCUCAGGGACCCGAGGGAAAGCCGACCAACGGACUCCUCCCCGAUGGCCAGGCAGCCUCAGGGACCCGAGGGAAAGCCGACAAACCUCCCCGACGGCCAGGCAGCCUCACCUCCGACCAACUCCCCGAUGGCCAGGCAGCCUCAGGGACCGAGGGAAAGCCGACCAACCUCCCGAAGGCAGCCUCCCGAGGGAAAGCCGACCAACCGACUCAUGGCCAGGCAGCCUCAGGGACCCGAGGACCCUAUUUUGCGAUACAAAGCAAGUCUCGCUGGCAAUCCUGGCCAGUGUAG